UGACGUUUUGCUACCAGUCGUAGAUUUGAAAAUGGACAGCAACGUUUUCAGAUGCGCUUGAGUCCAUCCACAUGAGGUGAAGAGCUGCUCUGUAGACCGCAUUCACACGUGACUUCCGUGUGGUUUAUCGAGUAAACUACCGCACACACGUGCUGCACUGUCUUUCUGCUCCUUCGAAAAUAUAAAACUACAGUCUUGCUGAAGCAACGCAGAACCCCCCGUACCUCAUGAGUUUUGUGGAAUACUCCGAGAUCAUCCAAGAAGGGGAUGUCGUCAUUAUCUUCCUGGGUCAUGAGUCCAUGAUGCCCAUCAAAGUUCAAUCGGGAGCUCAGACGCAGACCCGCUAUGGGGUCAUCCGGCACUCCAGCGACCUGAUUGGACAGCGGUUUGGUUCCAAAGUGACCUGCAGUAAGGGUGGUUGGGUUUACGUGCUUCACCCCACACCAGAGCUGUGGACUGUCAACCUUCCCCACCGAACACAGAUCCUCUACACCACAGACAUUGCCAACAUCACACUGAUGCUGGAGCUCAAGCCGGGCUCUGUCGUCUGCGAGUCAGGUACAGGCAGCGGCUCCCUGUCUCACUCUAUUCUGCGGACCAUCGCUCCCACCGGCCACCUGCACACAGUGGAGUUCCACGCUCAGCGAGCCGAGAAGGCCAUGCAGGAGUUCAAGGAGCACAAAGUGUCUCACCUGGUUACUGUUAGAAACCAGGAUGUGUGCAAGGAUGGCUUUGGCAUCACAGGAAUAGCUGAUGCAGUGUUUUUAGACAUCCCCUCUCCAUGGGAGGCAAUCACACAUGCCAAGAGCGCCAUGAAACGCAAAGGAGGUCGUCUCUGUUCCUUCUCGCCGUGUAUAGAGCAGGUCCAGAGGACUUGUGAGGCAUUACUGGACCAUGGCUUUGAGGAGAUCUGCACACUGGAGGUUCUGCUCCGGGUGCAUGAUGUUCGUGCUGUCAAUCUGCCCUUACCAGACUUCGGCCCAGAGGAGGGCUCUGACGAUAGACAAGCGGAAGUGCCAAACACUGGGAACACCUCUGUGAUCUGCAGGACUGCAAUACCUCCCAGAGAAAUGGCAGGACACACGGGAUACCUCACCUUUGCUACCAAACCACGCGACUAGAAGCAUAACUGAAGCUGAUGGAGACUGUUAUAGAAUUUGAGUAAUGCAAACUCAUGUAUUGACAUGUGACGUCAUCUGUACACACCUGUGUCUUUAUUUUAUUUUAUUUUUUUAAAUUGGUUAACAGCUAGAUUGGCUUUUACAUCGAUGUAACUAUUCAUGGCAUUUUAAAACUCUGGUUUAGUACAGACUGAUGUUAAUUUUUUAUUUGUAUUGUUUUUUUUUUAAUAAGUUUCUACAAUAAAUUACUGGAAUACAAUUAAAACCAUAUCUUUGUUUCUUUUUUUGUGCGGUUGAUGUUGUUGCAACUUUGUAUGACUGUCAGUUGCUGAAUGCAACUAGUGCACAAACAUCUGACCUCUCUGAGAGCACUGUGUCUUGGAAAUUUAUGCUCUUUGUGACAUCUCAGUCGAGAUAAUUCAUGUAAAGCUUUGUUUGUGAGGUUUUCAUUUGCGUUCGUUUGUGAUAUCAGCAGUUUCUCACCACUAGUGCUCUCAAUUCAAGGCUGUGACAGACUGUUCUGUUUCUGUUGUGUAUGUUACAUUCUUGCAUGUGGAGUUGAAAGAUACUGAAGAACUAGAUGAUAUAUUUGAAACUAUCUGCUGAGAGCUCUUCUAUUCACGAGUCCAUAAAAGGCCUGCCUUCUGCAAUCUGAUGCCUUCAGAUGCUGUUAUAGGUGGGUUUAUUUCUUAUUCUCUCACUCUCUCUCUUUUACUCAAUGUGUUAUAAAUGUUUUGUGCUCACAGAGAUGUAGUCAUUUUCAUGUGAUGAUUAUAAAUGCUUUAGUAAUAAAAUGUGAAAAAAAA